ACACAGUCUGGCUCUUACACUUUUCAUAAAACCAGACCUGCGGUCUAGAAGCUGUUGAAGUAGCUGCAUCUCCCAUUGCCAGCAGAAGGUCAGGGGACCUGGAGCUCUGUGACACCAUCCCAUGGCUUGUGACCUGGACUAGAAGCCCCAGUGAGAGCAGCGAAGGACAGAGCAAUUGGCACGAUCUCUUCUUCUGGAUUGUCCACAACUUUUCAGAUCUUGGUGCAGACAUCAGCCACAAAGGAUCCCCCUCGCCCACCAACAGCAGCAGCUCUCUCCCUCCCUAUCAAACCAUUUUAGCUGACAAGGCAGCCCCAGGAAGCAGCAGGAAAUUAAGGCAGAUGUGUGAAAACUUUUGUAUACUUUACGUUUAUUUUUCUCAGUUUCUAUAUAUCUGAACUUGUUUCAGUAUUUUGAGGGGUUUUUAUGUGUAUGAGAAAAAAUACCUGCAGACUCUCUCAAACCUGACGAUGGCAUACACCUAUUAAAAAAACCUGCCUGGUAACCUACCUCUGCACCUUCAGGAGAGGAGCUGCUGGCUGGGUCCUGCAAGAGCUUCCACCCUACUUCCCCUCUAAAAAGACACCAGAAGGUCUGCACAGUAACUAGACUUGAAGCUCCUCAAACCGUGCAGCUUGCCAUCUCUAGAUAUAAAUAUGUUGUUUGCCUGUGUACAUGGUAACAUAGGGUGCUGAAACUUCACAGUGCAUCAUCACAAGGCUCUGUGUGUCUUCUCUCCCCCUCCUCCUCCACCACCACCACCACCCCUGCAAUUCUCAGCAGACAGUGACUUCCUGAGAGGCUGAUCUUCUCACACGACUCUUGUUUCUUUUUCCUUCUCUUCUGAGAUCAGAUUAGUGAUAACAAAACCAGUGCCUUGACAUUACCCACUGCCCUAAUACAGAGCCCCUCGGCCCUGCCUGCUCUUGGUUGUUGGGUAGAACUUGCUCUGACUCCUAGAAGAGUCUCUCCUUACAGUCUAGAUUUCGGUGGCUUCCUCUCUCUAACCCCCUGCUGUUGUAAUGCGUAUUCCCGUAGACCCGAGCACCAGCAGGCGCUUCACCCCUCCAUCCACCUCCUUUUCCUGCGGUAAAAUGGGAGACAACAACGGGACCAUCAGCUCUUCUGCCCCGGGGAGGACCAGGUCGGAGAUCCGGACGGUGGUGGAUGUUCUGGCUGACCAUGCAGGGGAGCUUGUAAGGACCGACAGUCCAAACUUCUUGUGCUCAGUGCUACCUUCACACUGGAGAUGUAACAAAACCCUGCCUGUUGCCUUCAAGGUAAAUUGGGAUGGGAUGGGAUGGGAUGGAGUGAGAUGGGGUGGGGUGGGAUGGGAAAGACACUGCAGGUGGAAGAAGUUAUCUUUUGUUCUCCAGAAUUUGCAACAUUCUAGAGUAGCAAAGAAUGGAACAAUUUAUUAUUCAGUAAAAUAUUGUUUCCAUUCUUGACACAUUUUUAUCAUAAAUACAUCAUAUAUAUGUAUGAUAUAUUUAUGAUAACAUUUUGUAAAAUAUAUAUAUAUUGCAAUGCAAUUUUAUUUUCUGAUUUUAUAUAUAUAUUAAAAAAAAUCUGUAUACUAAAGUGUAUUUUUUUUUUAGCUGUGAAAAUAUUACAACUAGUAUUUAACAAUUUGCGUUUAAUUAUUCUAAACAGACUAGAUGGUGAUUUUGGUACAUUUAAAGUCUCAUUGUGACAUUGCUGUGUCAUUGUAUCAUUGUAGAUAGCCCAUCGACAUUUAUAAAAGCGCUAUUGUAUGGCUUUAUCAGAUAAUACCCAUAUUCUAUUGAAAUGAAUCCAGUAAGUUGAAAUGAUUCAGUACUAAUUGGUCGUAAUACGCUUGCUUUCUCGUAUUAUAAGAGUUCCUGUUCGUGAAUAGAACAUGUUAGUGUGAUAAUACAAUUUCAGGAAUGUUAAUAUGACUAAUGUUAUAACUGCCAGAUAAUAUCAAUUAAAACCACAGAGUAUAUAUUUUUUUAAAAAGCUCAUAGGCUGAAAUAAAAGCACACAAUCUAAUUGAAAAUAAAAAAUUAAACAUAUAUUAAUACACAUAUAUACACGUCUUAUCCAGAGUGAAUGGUAUGAUUACAUGGUUAUGGUAUAAUUGGUAUACCACUUCAGAGAUCAGUGAUUUAACCUCAAUGUCACUCCUCCUUCCCUUCUUCAAAUUACCAUGUGUAAUAAACAGAAAAAAAAAUUUUACCAUAAAAUUUUUAACAGCAAAAUGUUUAGAUUUAGAGAAAUUGUAUUUUGAUCCAAUCAGUUAAUGUUAUCCCAAAUUAUAUUACUCCCAUUGACACCUAAUAGGUAACUGAAUAAAAUAAAACAUAUAUAGGCUAAUUUAAAACAAAAAACAAAAAAAAACAUAAAAAUCUAAAUUUAAACAGGUUAACUUAUAACCAUCUGUCAAUCUUACUCACCAUAGAUAUUUAUUUCUUUGAAGUUAAAGGAUGUUGUGUCACUUAAUACACUCUGAUGAGAUUAAACAAAAUCAUAUGCCAGAAUAAUAUGUAGAUAGUUUUGAUUAUAUACUGCUUAAAUUAAAUCCUAAUUUUAAACCACUGUAAAAUAUUUAUUGAUUAUUAUGCUCACUUUUUAUAUCAACACAUAAUAAUGGUGUACUAUGAAAUAUAAAAAAAAAAAACACUAUACAUAAUCUUACAUAACUAUAAAAUUUAGAUUUAGAAAUAUAUAAACAUUGGGAAAUAAUUUUGCAAACUAAAUGGAUCUUGAUUCUUAUUAAUGUAAGAAAAAAUAUAGUAUACAUAAUAAAAAAUGAUUGAAUAUACAGAUGUCUACUUUACAUAUUUUUAAGAAACUGAAAUUAAAUUUACCUACACGCUAUUUAAUAUAUAGGUGUAUACAUGAAUCAUAGUUGGCUUGGCAGUUACAAUUUUUUUAAAUAUGAACUCUGUGGUCAGAGUAGGCAGAACAUAAGUACACACAUCUGAGAAAAAAAAAAUCAGGUUGGGGAAAAUACACCACUUCCAGAGGAAUCACAGACCAAGAAAUUUGUAUUAACAUAGGUAGCUUGUUAAAGGAGCAGAUUUGAGGUCAGAAUAAGCAGGGUUCUAGAGAGAGUUUAAAAACCCCCCAUCCCACUUCAAAGUCACUCAACUGCAAGGUCAAGCUGCACAUACAAUGAGUCUAUUUAGUUCUCAGUUUUUACCAAUUUGGGAUAAUAAUUUAACUGUAACCUAAAUUUAUAUUCUGUACCAAACCAAUAGUUCAAAAAUAAAAAUAAAAUCCUUAUAUUAGCAUUCUAAAAAAUAAUUAAAAGUCCACUUCUUAAUGCUGAAAUUUAUACAGAUAUUUUUAUAGCAAUUUAAAGGGACCACCUUUGAGUUGCGUAUUGAGAGCGUAAUAGCCUGUAGCAACACAGACUAGGUUGCAGAACAUAUUUCAUAACCAAAUAUAUUUGUGUUGGAAGAAUUCAGCUUUGGCCAUCUUUGUCCAGAAAAAAUGUAGGGUACAGUAAAGCUUUUAGACAUAUUAGCAAUUUUCUUAUAUUUGAAUUAUUGUGAAAUAUUAAGAAAUAUCUCUAUGCAAGGUGACCUUGAAUGCAGUGUUACGAUUUGCACAAAUGAUUAGUAUUUUAGGACAGUUAUACUUCAAUUUAAGACACCCUUGCUUUUUCAGAUUCUAAUACAGAAAGUUAGUUUAUAGCAAGGUAAAUAUUAUCUGUGAUCUUAGUAUCACACAUCUUACAUGCAAUGCUGUAUUCAGUAUAACAGUUAUCUACUUCAAUAAAGAAUCUGAGAUUGCACCAUCCACAUCCCGGUGUAUGGUAUUGGCUUUCUUAACGGGACUAGAAUUAUUUAUCAACAAAAUUUAUCAACAUGAGAAAAGACAUUGCUAUUACCGAUUUUAAUAGGACAGGAUUUUUUACAUUUUUUUAUAGGACAUUUGAUACAACAAUUUUAUAUUAAAACAAAAGCAGAUAACUUAAUUUCAUUAAACACUUUGGAGAAAGGCCAUAAAAUUACAUUUGAUAUACAUACUUUUUAGUAUUGCAUUAAUUAUGGUCAUCUCCUUAGUAUAACUAUAUAUUAGGCCUUAGGGCAAUUUUGUUAAAUAUGGCAACAUAUAAUUAUGUAGGAAAUUAUAGUUGUAUAAUCAGUCAUUGUCUGAUAUAUCUUGAGUAUAUUAUAUAUAUGAGUAAACGUAAAUUUUAAUAAAUGAAUAUCUUAGCAUUUGGAAAACCUCAUAAGCUUUUAACUCGUAGUCCUCUUAAAUAGGUCCGAAAGGCAGUAUGUCAAAGUCUGCAAUGUUUAUGCGCUACUUGGGUACAAGAAUAGAUGGAUUAAUGGAUGGAAACAUACUUUAUCAUCUCAGCAACAACGUUUCUAAUUCUAUUUUGUAAUACAAAAAGAAGCAAUACUUUAUCAGUUACUCUAGUAAAUAUAAUUUCCAAUUUUCAUUAGAGAAAAGAGAAGACAAACAAGAGAAUAGUAGAUAAAAAUACUGACCGAAAUACACAUAAUAAUUACAGUGUAAAAAAGUGUAUAAAAAAGUCGGUUUGAACAAUACUAGAAUAAAGUCAAGAGGCAUGAACAAAUAAAAGAAACAAAUGUCAAAUGUUGAUAAACUGAAUAUGAAAAUUGGAUAUUAUAUUAUAUAUUAUAUAUUAGAUAUGAUGGUUUCAACAAAUGUUAUAUACAGUAGCAUAACCUGUUUCAUACAGGAAACCAAGGGCAAUGGCUCCUGAAACAUUUGUAAUGUAUACAAUACAGUAAAAAAAUGUAUACAUUGAAAUCUAGCUGGUGGAAAACAAGUUGUUUUUGUAUUUAUGUUUCCUCUGUAUUUCAAUAUUGCAAGGGGCACAUUCUAGAGCAACUGAGUGCAGAUAACUUCUGACACCCAUUAUCAUUUCCAAUAAAAGAAGAAUUUGUAGGUUGGAUUUUGGAAAAUUAAUUUUUGAGAAAAUGGGUUACCAGAUGGCCUACUGCCAUACACUCUGAGGAUGUGGGAUAGCUAUCUUCACUCUUAGAUUUAUGGAUUAAACAAUGGGUGUAUUGAAUUAAGGAUCAAAUCACAUCUUGGUUUCUCCUGUGUCCAGGUUUUAGCUUUAGGAGAUGUUCCUGAUGGAACGGUGGUCACAGUUAUGGCUGGAAAUGAUGAGAACUAUUCAGCUGAAUUGCGGAAUGCCUCAGCUGUCAUGAAGAACCAAGUGGCUCGGUUCAAUGAUCUUCGAUUUGUUGGGAGAAGCGGAAGAGGUGGGUAAAAUUAAAUACAGCAUGUGGAACAUUCUUAAUUCAAUUUUAAUGAUUACAGAUGUAUAGAGUCAUUUAAAAUAGUUCUAGUGUUUCAAAGAUAACUCUUCUCCUGCCUAUCACUGCCUAUCAAAACAAUCCAUCGAAAGCUAAACUGGAAUUGCAUUAAUCCGCUCUACACUGCAAAACAUUUUUACAUUUUUUUAAUAGUUUAUUUCACUUUUUUUAUUGUCUGCAUAUUCAUCUUGAAGAGCAUUAUUUUCUUUUAAAUUUUGUAACUUUUUUUUAAUUGUAAGUACUGUUUAACAUGUCAUUGUGGUCAAAUAACAAAAGAUGAAGAUGAAGUUGUUCACCAUAGCAUAAUCAGUCGUGUUGUAGAUGCUCAAAAAAUAGGAACUUCACAUUGUAUGUUGGACCCAUUCAGUAAACCAUUCAUGUUGAUAAGUCCUAUAAACUUUCAUCCAUCUGUACCUGUGUGGAUCUGAGGCAGAACAUUUUAGCUCUAUGAAACAGUUUCAUCUUUAUGUCACAGAUGUGGCUUCCUGUACCAAAGUAGAGUAUUGUGAGAUGGAUUUUCUUUUUAUCUUUCUUUUGUUAUUCUUUGCCCUUUUGAGAAUUGUUUUGCUGCAUCUAUAUAAAUCUAGGUGAGGUGCAUUGUCUAUGCCCUUAGUGUCACCACCUCCUCCCCCAAGUCGCAUAUGCACACUAGGAAGUCUCUAAGUCCUCUGGCCCUAAUCCUGUGCCACCUCCAUACAUAGCUAAUUUGCGCAUUCCUCCUUACUGGUAAUAAGGCAGUAACUGAAGUAAUGGCCGUUGCUGAAAAUAUCUGCCACACAUGAUUGUAAUCCCCACUGAUCUUACACUGCAUCUAACCUUUAACCUCUACACUAACAUACCAAUGCCAAUUCAGUAACUUUAGGAUUAAACCCAGUCGUUAUGCCAACACUAACCUCAGCCUUAACCCCAACGCCAAACCUAACAUAGUAACCUAGGCCUAUAAAGUAUCUGUAAUAUAGAAGAUAAAAAUGGUAAAGUAUAUAUUGAGGGAAAAUAUUCUUGAGGCUCUCGAUGCAUUUAUAAAUCACUCAGCCUUUAAUCUUGUAGUUUGUUAUGAAAUCUACAGAAUCCCUCAAUUGCAUUAUUGUCCAAUAAUACAUGUUUCAUCUCUAUGUAUCUUUCCAUGACUUUUUCAUACUUACAUUACCAGCAAAGCAAUAUCUAGGAUCCUCAGACCUGCCUGCUGAACUAGAUUAUAGACAUCCCUCAUACACAGUGGUUGAAGUCAGCUAUCACUCGAGCCACGUAGAUUAAUGGUUGACAAGGCUGGGCAUCUAUGGCUUAAGCUUAUAAUUAUUGUCUCUACGCACUGCUGAACCUUCUUCUUAGCUAUACAUCAUAGUACCAAUUUUACCCUAACUUUACCUUCAAGCACUGCUGAAUAUGUUGGUGUUAUAUAAAUGCCAAUAAUACAUAAAGAAAUACAACAUUAAAUAAAAGAAAACCAACAAUACGCAGAUUUCAAUAAGAAGAAUUCACGAGUUAAGAAACUAACAAAUGACAGGUCCUCUUCAACAACUGCUGUGCUGAUUAAAGAAGUUGCCAACAGAAUAAACAAACAAUUUUAUCUGCUUUAUUGAUGAAUGGAUAUAAUUAAAAUGUUUUAAUUUAGCAAUUUUUCAAAAAAUUGGGAUUAUAUAACAAUUUUAAGGAAAUAACUUAUUAAUGGAUGGAUGAUAGAUAGAUAGAUAGAUAGAUAAGACAGACAAAUAGAUAGAUCUCUAUUUUAUAUUUAUAAUUUGUUUUAUUUUUGUCUUUCAAGACCUGUAAGAAUGACGCCUUUAUUUUGACUAUAUGUUUUAUGUAUUUACAUACUUUGCACAGUUUAUAUUAACCUUUUCUUCUGCUGCUAAUCUACAGUGCUUUCUACCCUGUCAGUUAAAUCUGUAACACAUUACUGUUAUCGAGUAUUUAACUCUGACUCGAUCUUCUUUGGUAUGAUGAAUGCCAUAAGCCUACAGCAUUGAUAAUUUAUUUCAGACAGUAACCAGCUAGAUCUUUUGUAUCACAAGCAAGCUUACAUUUAUUUGUACUUGUACCUUAAAAAAUAUUUUAUUUGCAUCUAAUAAUUGUUUACUUGUUAUGUUUCAAUAAAACGGAUUUACAUUUUUUUUUAACAUUUCCGUCAUCGUGUUUGGUUUUCAAAUAGAUGCAUAUUUUCAUUCCCCCCCCUCUGCACUUAACUGACUGCACAUUGGCAAAUGGAAAAUGUUUCCUUUUAUGAAUUAAGCUUUUAUUUCUGCACUUAAUUAUCCUGUUAGAGGUUUUUUUUUUUUUCAUGCUUCCAAAACAAAUUUCCAAACCGGAAUGGCGUACAAUUCCAAGACUGGUCUUUGAACUCAGUUUUAAUGAUGAAUGUAUCUGUUAUUUUACAACUAAAAUAAAGGAUUGAUGCAACUUCUAGACAGCUUCACCUGGAGUUUGAAUUUUAUCAUUAUUCAAUUAUUUAAUAGUAACUGAUUUCACGCACACACAUUCAUUUUUCCCUCUGAUGAAAUGCUAAAUUCUGGCACUUAAGGACUCAUUUUCUAAAACCUGCAAUUUGCAGUGUGCUCAGACGUCUUGAUUCGGAACUGUUUUAGAGAACAUUAGAAAAAAAAAGUAUAUUUUAGCAAAACUGACUUUAAUUCAGUGACUUGACACUUUCGAGCCAUUGAUGGUAUGCAAGAAAAAUGUUAGAAUUUGUGAUGAGGUGGAUAACUUUAUCUCCUAUGUUUAAUAUUCUUUUCUAUUUAUUAGUUACACAACAGCUAUGGUGAGCUGAGAACUAGCUUGCAAUAUUUAAGUUAUACUAGCCAUGAUUGAAAACAUUUCUAAUUCAGACAUUUUUAAGCCAUCUUUGCUGCCAAGAUCUGAAAAUAAUAAAAUAAAAAAAUCAUUACAUUUAUUUGAAAUAUGGGAUGCAAACGUAGGAAAAACAGGUGUUAUUUGUAUAUGCUGCUUUUAAGAAAUACCUAAAAUAAAAUAAUUAACAUUAUAUAAAUUUACUACAUAUUAUUUUUUAAUAUAUUUGUUACAUUACAGGAAUAUUGAAGGACUAAAGAUUUAUAGGCAUUAUAUGGAUAGAUAAAUAAAACUGUAAAAAUCUGCUCAUGCUUAUCCAUUGAAAUGCAGAUUUCUAAAAACAUCACCAGUAUAGCGACUCUAUCUGGGCAUAAGGCCCACAAAUAGUAAGUACUUCUAUGUAUGCCAAGCAUCUGAUUGACAGAGGGAUAAAGGACAGGCUACUUUUGCAACUCAUGAUACAAAAUGAGAGCCCAACAAAGUAUCACUCUAUCUCCACCCUGUACGUAGGGAACAAUAUUCUAGAAGAGACAGUUGCCUUUGGUGACUUUGCAGCUGACUCACCAUUAGACGAUCCAGAACUUGCAGACUUUUAAACUUAGACAACCAUUUCCUCUGCCAUUAUGCACAUUACGCAACUCAGCCAUUAGUGUUUCCCAACUAAGUUAAAUCAACUUGGGGUUCAAAUUUCAUGGGAAAUAAUGUACAGAAAGAAAUAAUUUGGAAAAUAAAAACUAAUGUAUGUUAUAUCUUUCUAUUUACAGGGAAAAGUUUCACCUUGACAAUCACAGUUUUCACGAGCCCUACACAAGUUGCUACAUACCACAGAGCCAUCAAAGUGACAGUAGAUGGACCACGAGAACCAAGAAGUAAGCUUUACAAAUACUUUGGCAAGUGUUUCUUAUUCCUGGCAAAUUAGGUUUUACAAUGUACUCAUCCUGUAUCUUAUCUUCAAAACAGGCUGCUGUCAGACCAUCCAACGUUUUAUUUUUAUAAUUUUUAUGACUUUGAGAUUAGGACAUUUAAAAAAAAAAAAAAAUUGGAAACAUAUUUCUUACUUUGUAUGUUUGAUUUGAAGAGUGAUUUCUAUUUUUGCAAAUGUUUUUUUUUAAAUGAGUACAUAAUAGACUACAUUGUUUGUAAUUAUAUUAUAUCCCAAGCAUUCUUGAACUCUUCCUCUGUAUUGGUAUAUAUCAAUUCUGCUGGUAGUCUUUUCAAUGUACUUAUAACUAUUGGCCUAAAAAACAAUAUGCUGACAGUAAUAUUCCAUCCCUCAAACUUCAAAUAAUGCUCGUGGUUCUAGCCAGAAUGGCACCCUCAAAAUUAUGCAUUUUUUUUAAUUGGAGCAUAUCUAAAACAUAUUGCAUAAGCUGCAGUUCUCUUGUAUGAAGCCUAUGCAAAUCUUACCCUUCACCCCCCUCCCAAACAUUCUAUGGCUGUCCAAUCACAGACUCCACAAUGCAGCUCAAUGAGAAAUCUUUACAAGGCAGAUGCUCUGAAUAAUUGACGGCCUCUUGAGUUUAGCUCCAUGAAGCUAAUCAUCAGGAAGUAAUAGGAUCAGUUGUCUGCUUGGAAGCCAGGGGGCAUAACAAGACUAAUUUAUAAAUGUGUCAAUUUCUACUGAAAUCGGCACUUGUUGUAAAAUUAAAAAAAAGGACACACUCUUCACACAUAAAACACAUGAGCUAGCUAAAGUGCUUUAGAGAUCUGGAGUGUCCCUUUAAAUGUUGCUACAUAGAUCAAGAUCUGUGUUAUUUUCCGUUACAGGGUAGGCCGUACAUUAUACGAGUUGUGAAUUAUGCAUCAACAUUCAGAAUUAAUACAUAAACAUUUCAUCCUUAUAUAUAUUCCUAUUACAGCAUAAUACAUGGACAGUAUGCUUUUUUGCUUUGUAGGUUUAUUUUACUUAAAAAAACUGUUUAAGAAUGAAAGAACACAAUGAUACCUAGUUUCCUCCAUCUCUUUAUUUACACAUAUAUUAUUUUCCUUAUUUGCCUAUAUAUUGCUAAACAUGAGCGACGAUUCUCUGGAAACUCAUUAAAAUUUUACAAAACAAACUUUACAUUUAGCAAAAUAUAUGCAAAAAAACUGUGAUUUAAUGAAAAAUUGCUGGCAUGGUGCCCCCCUACAAAAACAUUUAAUUUAAAAAAGCUAAAACUCACCCACAUCUUCCUGUCCGCCCGUACCUCCCAUGCCUCACCCUUCUGUCAGUCCCUACAUUGGCUUCCUAUAAAAUAUAGAGCUCAAUUUAAAAUUCUGGUUCUUGCUUUCAAAUCGCUACAUAAUGAUGCUCCCACCUAUCUAUCCUCCCUUAUACACAAGUAGGUCCAGUCUAGGCCCUUACGAUCUGCUGAAGACUUACGUCUAUCUUCUGUCCCACCUCUGAUGCUCGCCUUCAAGAUUUCUCGAGGGCUGCACCGUUACUGUGGAACUCGCUUCCCUCCUCCGUUAGAUGCUCACCCUGUCUCCACUCCUUCAAAAAAUCGUUAAAAACCCACUUCUUCAUAAAAGCAUAUCAAUAAAACUGUUAAUAGCUCCUGACUGAUUCCUCUUCUGCAACUGUCACUAGUCUAAUACUAUCCUUACCUUUUUGUGUCAUUUUACCCCCCUCUAGCAUGUAAGCUCAUUGAGCAGGGCCCUCAACCCCUCUGUUCCUGUGUGUCCAACUUGUCUGGUUACAACUACAUGUCUGUUCGUCCACCCAUUGUAAAGCGCUGCGGAAUUUGAUGGCGCUAUAUAAAUAACAUCAUAAUAAUAGGUUUUCCCUGCUGCCCGGUCCAUGUCCAGUGACAUCCCUCCUAUUAACUGUAGGAGCAGGGAUGUCCUGGAGGAUUAACUGAAGGAAAAACGAGGGGCACACGAAGGAGUGUGGGCCGCUGUUUGUCACCUGGUCCCAUUAUGCUAUGCUUGCUGAUGACAAAUAUGCCAAGCUUUACAUUUAGCCAGCUUGGAACUCCUGGUCAAGGCUUGGUAAUGGUGCUUCCAAAGGUGGAGUUAAGCCUCCAGUUUCAAGCUGCCAUACUCUGUAUAUGCAGUGAUUCCUAGUUACUGAAGUGGUCAUGGUGCUUGUAGUAAUCCUUUAAACAUUGUCAUGAUAUUAAUCCAAUCACUUUUCUUAAUGUUCUUGCAUUGCUAUUUGUGUGUUGGUUGGCAGGCUAAAAAAAAGUCUAGAAAGUUGAGCACAAUUCAAUUGUCAUCUUCUCCAAAUCAAACAGUGGGGAAUAUUUCUCAGAGCAUUCUAAAAAUGGUUUAUUUAUAGUAAAUGUGGGCCAAUCACCAUGGAAACCAUUGGACACUGCAGGCACAGUCGAUUAGUGACUCCUCCAGUUUUACAAUGUUGCGCCACUUUUUACAACAGAACAUUUUGAUAAAUCUUUGCCCUGCAACGUACUGCAUUUAUUAUAUACAAGAUGAAUGGCUCUUUAAAGUGCUAAAUUUGUGUAGUUUGAUUCCAAUCAACAUCCAAAUUCUACUUUAUGGGAUUACAGACUACUUUAACAGUGUGAUAAAAUGACAUUCUUAGAAUAAAUUUAAAACUAUAUGGUGUGUAAAUAAAUGCCAGUGCCCUAUAUGUAAAACACACAUUCAUUUGAGUUAAAACAACUAUGAAACAAAUUUAGGUUAGUUUAACUAUUUUAUAAAUAAUGCUGUAAGAGUUCAGCAACCAAUAUUUUUUUAUAUUUUAUAAUUUUCAUUAUAGGCUUAACAUUUAAAUAUACAAAACUCUAUACUGUUUUAUACAGGAAAUACACCUUAGAAAAAAAAAUGAAACUUGUCAAGCCACACACAGUCUCAUCGAUGGGAAAAAAAUGAAAAUAUGUUUUCACAUUUUCGUGUAAAGUGUUGACAUACUUGAGCAAACAGGAAGAGAAAAAAAAAUGUGAAUUUCCUGUGAAAACAUUUGAAUUGCUGGUCUUCAUUUGGAAUGACUAGCUUUAAGAAGCAACAUCACAGCUUAAAAUAUUAUCUUUCACCCAACAGCUUGAGAAAUUAGAAACUGUCAAAGAAAUUCAUCAGCACAUUUUGGAGUUUAUUAUUGUCUCCAAAGUCUGAUGUGUGCCGAUGUUGUAAAGUAACCAGUUUUAUAACUAGUAAAUAUAAAUGUGGAUCUCAAUAAAUAUUUUUUUCCUGACCUUAUGUGUCUGGACCUUAUGUUCCCUUUUUUUUUUAUCAAGGCUGCCCCAUCUUCUCUUAUCACUUAUACUUGUAUGUCUUCAAGGUGAAUUUUGAGAAGGUACAGCAUGUAGAAUUUGGGUGUGAAUAAAUGUUAUCAUCAAUAUCUUGUAUUUUUGAUCAUUAUCUAUACUUUUCUAUCUCCUCCCUCUAUGGCUUCAAUUUAAUAAGCUUUCAAAAUGAUUCAGUAAUGCUAGCAAAAUUUUCAAAAAGAUUUAUCAUCCUUACAAAUGAUUCAAUACUAUUAGAAACACUUUCCAAAUGACUUAUUUACAGAAGUGCCCAUUUAAGUGUAUAGCAAGCGCAGACGGAUCAUUCAGGCAUGACUGAGGGCCCAGACCAGGGAGGAGGCCCACAAGGACCCCAUUAUGCCACUAAGACCAGGACCCCUCAGCACCGGCAAGCCACCAUCCUCUUUCUUUCUGUAAAUGAUGGCCAUCUUUAAACCUCAAAAGUGCAUGGGGGCUUACCAAGUGUGCCACCGGUACCUUCGAUACAGCUGCGAUCAAUGCACUUCACUUCUUCCCUGUACAUUAUCAAGCAGAAACUCACGGAGGAGAGGGAGAGAAGAGAAAGCAGGGUAAGAUUAGUAAGGAGAGGAGUGUCACAGGCCCCACUGGGCCACCAGGGACCAGCCACAGAGGCAAUGGGCCAGUACCCUGGCACCCUUCCAUGAUAAGUAGUUUAAGAACAGUUUGACAACUUACCUGGGUCCUGAUAAACAUACAAACCCUAAAGACCAAGAUUCUAAGACAUUCUACAUUCCCUAAAUACAUACACAAUCUCUACAGAACUUAGACAUGCACACUCAUACACACUCUACAGCCCAUACAUAGUACACCACAAACAGAUCCCUUUACACACAUACUACACCAGAGACAGUGUCCUCUACACACAAUCCCACAAGCAGCCUUCAUGCAUAUAUAUCACUACAAGCAGCCCCCUCACACAUGCACAUCGUUCUUUACAAGACCAGCCCCAGUUCAAGCGUGCCAUUUAAUUUGCUUUCUUUCUUUAUUUCAAAAUAGUGAGCCAUGAGAGUUGUCAGUCCUCCCCUGGUCUAUAAGAAUUUUUGUAGAUGAAUCAUUUGGAAAGUAUUGAAUCGUUUAGAAAUCGUAUUAAAUCGAGGCCUAUUUUCUUUACCCAAUGUACCCAUUGUAAUAGAAAAAGGUGAAAACUUAAGUAUUUCUGUUUCCAAUGCAUUUAUUUAUUCAUCAAGUCAUGAACACAUCUCAAACUUUCCUUAAUUUAGGGCACUUUAUUAUUUUUCCAUUCACGUAAUGUACAGAUCACUACAAAUCACUAUGAUGUAUCGUAUGAGUGAUCAAUUAUUUGGCAACAUUCUAAAACUGGAGUAAUCCAUUGAGGCUGCAUCAUUUUCAGAUUUCUGUCUGCACUUCAAAAUUAGUUGUAUUGUCAUUGUAGGUGCAGAAACCAUACGUUUUGAAAAUAGGUCCUCAAUAGCAAGUGAUUUUAUUCUGCAUCAAAGUGCAUCUCCUGAUUUAUGUAAUUGAUGCAGACACGGGACUUAGUAGCACAAACAACUAAAGUAAAAAUCUUAAAACAGCGAAUAAACAGAAAGUUGACUUUGCCCUAACUUUUUUUUCUUUUCUUAAGUUUUAUAGGCUUUUUUACAUGUCCAAUAUCCAGCAACAGCAACAAUUUGAACACAAAUAAUGAUAUGGAAUGUUAGGGUCCCUUAGCCUAUUUAGUGCAACUUUGAUGUUUUGCCCCAACCGCCAAGGGGAAUUUACAAAAGGUAAUAAAACGUAUCUACUUUUCGUGAAUUAAAAUACAUAGAUAACCGCAAGCCAUUGUGGUUUAGGGAACCUCCUGUGUGCUCAGUGGAGGUGUAGUUUAAAGGAGCAGGAACAUCUGUUGCCUGAUUUCAUUGCAGUAGACUUAUAUGAAAUUGUCACCUAGGCUGUUAGAAAACAAAGACAUUAAGCUCUAGCUGCUCUCUCACACUAGGCCAUAGGCUUUAAAGGAACACUGUAGACGGUUUAACAUCUUAUUUGUUUAUUUCUCAUUUAUUUUAUUUUAUUUUUUUAUACAGAUGGGGGGACCUAAAUAACAAGGGGUAUUAGGAAUACAGAUAUGUAUUCCUAACACCACAGUGUUCCUUUAAUUGGUUGCACAGCAAACCAGAAACAUGCCAAGUUGGCAAACGGCAGUUUCCAUGUACCAACAUUAUGCUGGGGCAACGUCUAUCAUUUGGGUGCCAGUCUAUCAGCACUGGGCUAAUUGAAACUAAAAUCGCAGUUAGGUCAUAGUGUGCCUGGAAUCUAGAGCACCAUGACACAAUACAGGUAUGGCAGGCAAAUCUACUUUAUUAUUUCCAAGUUUAUCUAACAAGGUAAAUGAAAUGCAUCCAUUGCAGUUGGUUUUCUUUUCCUUUUCCUUAAAGUUGGAAAUAGUUACCUUCACGUUGUUUGACUAACAACCUGUAAGCAAGCUGCCUAAUCUAGUUGAAACCAGAUAAAAAUAAAAAGCCUAUUUAUUUAACCCCUUAAGGACACAACUUCUAGAAUAAAAGGGAAUCAUGGCGGAAUAUUUCCGUCAUGUGUCCUUAAGGGGUUAAAAUGUGGUUUCAUAGAAUGACUCAGUACGAUUUCAGAAAUCAACUACGACAAAGUGCAGAGAAGAGAAUCAGGACUAAGCAGUAUAUAUAAUAUAGAGUGAUCAUAUAUACACUACGGCACUGAGCAUGAUGCCAACUACUGUACUGGUUUAUUAGGGCAAAAUGCAUUAAUGCACUUGGAAAACAGAUGUGUAGAGAUGAAUCAUAUACACUUGGAAAUUUACAUCAAAGCAUGUCCUAGAUUGUCUUCAAAAUUCCCAGCUUCCUUCCUUCUGUUGAAUUUGGCAUAAAGUGCUAAGAAACAGAGAUAUUUCAUAUAUCUUGUGAUCAUUAUUCUUGCUUGUGAUUAUUUUACAAUCUAUGCAAAUAUUUUCCAAAAAUGUUUUUACAUUUUAAAUUCAUUUUAAAAUAAUCAUAAUAUUCUUUAGACUAAGCUUUGAUAUUAUGUUGUAGCUCAGUGGAUUACAUUUUUCUUUGUAGAGUUGUGUCUUCUUUCAUGCUGCAGUGGAAACAUAGACUGUUUUUUUUUUUGGGGGGGGGGGUGGAGUUUGUUUAUUUAUUUAUAUUUUAUUUUAAUGGAUGCCUGUAUCCACAGGCAGACAACGAGUAUGUUCCAUAACUAUGAUGGGUCAAUGUAAGUGAUUUUCUUUUUACUCUGAUAUAUUACAUAAAACAUAUAUUUCAACAGUCCGUGAGAAGGUCUGAUAUUUAUGUACUCACCCUCACAUCAAUAUUUACCAGUCUCCCACCCCCCCACCCCCAAAAAAUAAAAAACAAAAGAAAGAGUGGGUAACAGACUUUAUUUUAUUUUUUUACUUUUUUGGGGGGUGGGUGGGGUGGGAGGGGAGAGGGAAGGGGGCUGAGGGGUGGCCUCCGGCACUUUGCAGGAUUGGCUAUGGCAUAUUCUAAGUUGUGUUAAGCCAAGUCCUACAAUACUUGCCUGGUGCUCCCUGCAUAUAUAGGGAGGGCCUGACAAAGAGAAUCCAUCUUGAAAUCACCACACAAAUUUCUAAGCUGGCUUGUUUCAUACAUUUGAACUAGAUAAAUCGCUACAUAUGUAACAGGAAACAUUCAAUACAUGUAACAGGAAACUGACUGUUUUUUCGGAUGUGCCAUACAGUUGGUAGCCAUUGCAGAUUAUUCCACCAGCCAACAAUCUCCCUUUAUUGUCGAUCAAUAAUUUGUAAGUUUCAUGUUACACAACCUUCAGUGUAGUAACCUAAAAAAAUAUGGGGAGGACAGACUUUUAAUACCCCCCCUCAUACUUUAAACCAUAUGGUUUUGUACAAAAAAUAAUAAAACACAAGGGAGGUUGCAGUUAAUGGCAUUCUAAGAGCCAAUAAUGACAAUAUUAUUUUGUGUUUGUGUGCUCCAGGUAUGAGGGUUUUUUUUGUUUUGUUUAUUUUAUAGAGAAGCAUUUAUAAAUUUUAAAAAGAAAUAUCAUGCUGUAGUUAUCUCAUAGUCUACUUAAGCAACCUAGCCAUGCCUUUUUUUUUUUUUUACAUGUAACCAUGCAUUUUCUCACAGAAUUCACAAUAGUUAAUUUAACAUGUAUAGCUUGGAGGAAAGACGAGACAGGGGGGACAUGAUGGAAACAUUUAAAUACAUAAAGGGAAUCAACACAGUAAAUGAGGAGUAUAUUUAAAAUAAAAACAACCACAACAAGAGGACAUAGUCUUAAAUUAGAGGGGCAAGGGUUUAAAAAUAAUAUCAGGAAGUAUUACUUUACUGAGAGGGUAGUGGAUGUAUGGAAUAGCCUUCCAGCUGAAGUGGUAGAGGUUAGCACAGUGAGGGAGUUUAAGCAUGCGUGGGAUAGGCAUAAGGCUAUCCUAACUAUAAGAUAAGGCUAGGGACUAAUGAAAGUAUUUAGAAAAUUGGGCAGACUAGAUGGGCCGAAUGGUUCUUAUCUGCCAUCACAUUCUAUGUUUCUAUGUUCUGUGGUGUCUCACACAUCCUCUAUUACUGAUGCUACUUUACCCCAUCUUAAACGUUUGUCUCCAGCAAGUUACCCAGUCCCUCUGAUUUGCAAACAAUGGACUGUACCUGCUAUAUGGUCCACAUUCGCUAUAGUUAUAACCAUUGUUUUACUUUGUAGCUCAAAUUUUUUCUCCCUAUAUCCUGUUCUGUUUCAUGUACACGUCACACAUUUUGUAUCAAGACAAGAACAAUCAUGUCAAUUGACCCCAAUUUGAAAAUUGUUGGAUAUGUUGGACAUGUAUAUUCCUUAUGGGAAUCAGGGUAUAUUGAGAUGUCAUCAGUAUGAUUUGAGCGUAUAAAAUGAAACAUUUCCCUUAUCAGGGGUGCCCAACGCAGAUGUUGUAGAACUACAACUCCCAUGAUGUUUUGCAUGCCUUUAAAAUGCCAAAGCAUCAUGGAAGCUGUAGUUUGAAAACAUCUAGAGAUCUACCUUUUUGGCACUCCUAUCCUACAUCAAAUAAGGAUUUCUUUAUAGAAAUUCAUAUAUUGGACAAAAUCCAAUUUUACGAGAAUAAACAAUAAUGACACAUAUAGUGCCAUUUAGGUAUUGUUUAUAAACUCUACGUUAUUUUGAUGUGUGGCAUCAAGGUAGUCUUGAGAUUAGCCAGAUAACACUAUAAUACAGGGAAUCACUAAUGUCUGCCACAUUUACCUGGCUCCCACACGUUUGCCAUGUGAUGUGCCAUUUUACAGUGACUGUGGAGGAAUUAAGCCAGGCUUAUAGCAGAAACAUAUUUAAAAUUGUGUGACAAUGGGGAGGAAAAUCUAAACUCUGAAGUUUCCAUGUUCUGUGAAUUUAAUAUUUAUAUGGGUAUUAUUAACUCUUUUAAGGAGGCCCAUUCCUACUUAGUGUGAAAGGUCCAUUUGCUGGAGGGACAAUCUGUAAAAAUAUUCCCACUGUGGUGUCCUCAUGAGCAAAGUAAUUUGGUGUGACCAUCUCAUUUCAUCCUUCUGUCAUACGCUUUGCCACUUCAAAGGUGGGAAUAAUAGUCUGUCUGUAGGCAAUAAGGCAAUGAGGCUGACAAAGCAUCUAUAACAUUAUUCUCUACAGACCAUAAUUGCAGAAGGAAAAACGAAGACAUUUUACAGAAGACUUUUCUUAUUGCUCAGCUACAGGAUCAUGAUUCUUCAAAAAUAUGUGAGUAGAUAAAUAGAUAGGCAGUCAGAUAUUGGAACAUAGACAAUUAGCUACUGUGUAAAUAGUUUAUAGAUAGCUGAUAUAUACAUGCAAUACAUAGAUGUGUAUGUCUAUGUGGAUAUAUAUAUAUGUUUCAUUCCCAAAUAUACAUGCAUACCUAUUUUUGCAAAUAUACAUCUAUAAUGGCAAUAAUGUCUAAUUUAAUGUUCUAGAAAGCACCCUAUGUUUUUCCUAUGACAUCCUACAUUUAAUGUGAUUUCGCAAUAAGGUUACAGUUCAAAAUCUAGGCUCAAUCAGACUAGAGACUUUAUAAAGGCCAGAGCAGGACUCUAUCAAUAUGUCUGAUAUAUUACCACUACAUAUAUAUUACUAUAUGUUACUGCAUUUUAAACUCCUCAAUACAUUCAAAGAAAGUAGAUGCUCAACUCUCUCUAUACUACUACUGUACUGAUUUGUGCUGAUCUGACCAGCUGACCAGCAAUUGAAUGACAGUCUCUGACAUUGAGAAUUUUUGCCCCUACUGUCUGUUUGCAGAUGAUUGCAUGUGAUGUUAUUUACUUUUACUCCUAUUCACUUUUGCACCACACAAAGGAUUUAAAUGGAGCAUUAUGUACCUGUAUAACCACAAGUAUCACUAUACCUUAAAGUAACACCAUAGUGUCAGGAAUACAAACGUGUAUUCCUGACACUAUUGAGUUGAAACACCAUUACGGUAUCCAGCUCCCCUUGCUCCUCACCUUUAUCCAGCACUGUGCGAGUCUCCUCGUGGCUGGCCCCACCCAUGUCCUGCCCCCUUUGCUGAGAUCAUCAAUUUUAAUGAUCUCAGUCAAUCCAAUGCUUUCCCAUAGGGAAGCAUUGGGAGGUUAAUGCGCACGUGCAGCAAAACACAGCUUUACGCCAAUCAUCACUUCAUAGAGAUGCAUUGAAUCAAUGGAGGAUAGGGAACAUUCUUCAUGCAGAGUGUGGAGACGCUGAACAUCAGUGCUUCUCAUGAACCAGGAAGCACCCCUAGUUGGCGUCUGAGUUGGAGCUGUACAAUAGGUAAACAAGAUAAACACUUAAUUCUAACAAAACAUGAUUGGCAUACUGGAACAGGAGAUUAAGAAGGCCCUGAACUGAAAUUAACUUUCAAGGACUUCAGUCAAUAUCAGGGGUGCCCAAAAGAUAGAUCCCCAGAUGUUUUAAAACUAAAACUCCCAUGAUGCUUUGCAUGCCUUUGGAAUGCCUUUAGAAUGACACAGCAAUGGAAGCUAUAGUUUUAAAACAUACGGGGAUCUAACUUUUAGGCACCCAUGGCCUAUAAAGAUAAUUUUGGGCAGAUGAACAGGGGAAUAUGGGAACAUGAACUGAGCUCUACCUUCUUUGACCUUUAAUAGUUAUAUAAAUGGCUUUGAUUCAAACCAAAGCUCAAGAGAGAUUAGGACAACCCUGAGUAGGAAACAUAUUGCAGAGGUGCCCUUUUAUAUCAUUAAACACAAACAUUUUAUCUUGAAGUUAGGACCCUGGAAGGAGUGAAUGCUUAUUUAUACACUCAAUGGUACUUGAAGUAGCUCCAAAGAUAGAAGCAAAAAAUUAAACAUUAAAAGCUGCUAUGUGUGAAGUGAUCGCUAUUCUAUAGAAACACACUAUUGGUCCCUUAAAAUAUCAAGAGAUAGCCAAAAUGUGUAAUAUAGAUUCUCACUUGCUCAUUUUUAUGCACAAAAAUAUAAACUUCAACAUUAGCAUUUAUUCUCAUGUGCAAGCCAGAUGCGCCGUGACUGCAUUUCACUUGAUAAUCCUGUUAUGUAACGGUUCUAAUUUUAGAUAUAAAAAUGGUUUCAAUUAAGGAAAACAAGGAAACCAUGAGAGAGACAAUGGGGAGGAAAACACAUUUUUAAAUGUUUUUUUUUUUUUUUUUUAAUUCUUGCUCAGAAGUUACAGAGUUGGACAGAUCUUUCUAAAUGAGCUUUCAGUGUAUAUAUAACUUUAUUUAUGUAGAGUCAACAAUGUGUGCAAGGAUUUACAAGGCUAUGAUGAUUCUAAGCAAUUUACAGACAAUGGAGUAGAUACCGAAAAUCAGAUCAUUUUAAAUGAGUAGUUAAUGUUUCCUGCAGUUGUGAAUUAAGAGCUUUAUUGAUCCUCAAAUAAGGAUUAUGAUAGGCCCAAAUUUAGAGGUGUGUUGAUAUCUAAUGAAACAGUCGUAUAUACAGUUCGUACCGCUUUGUGUUUAAGGCAAAGAGGAAAUGGGGAAAAGGAAAUGUAUCAUUAUAAUGCCAUCCAUAUAUUUGCACAUUGCUUUGUUUACACAUCGUGUAUUAGAUAUAGCACCAAUUAUAGAAAGAGGAUAUCUAAAAGUAAAUAAGGCUCUUCUCAAAGGAGCUUAAAACCUAUGAGGAUUUGAGGUAUAAAUCGUCAGUUGUCUUGGCCAAGGACACUUACUAACAAGGUGAACAUGCCUGGGAUUUUAAAAUAAUUUUCUGUUUGUGAUAUAUUCAGAAGAAAUAAGACCUGGUCAUAGACACUGCAUCAAGAAUUGCAGUUUUUAAAUGUACUUCCCUUUUUCAGGCCUAUUUAGGCUAAUGUUUCAUUGGAGAUGCUGGGCUAAUGAUAAGACUGUUUGUGUAGAAAGUAUACACUGCUACUGUCAAUCCAGGUGUACAUCUAAAUUAAUCUUUGGGCCUUUUGGGGUUUCUAGGGCACCGCCAGAAGCUUGAAGAGCAAGGCAAGGUCUUCUCCGAACGUUUCAGCGAAUUGGAACUCAUGCGCCGGCAAACUCUCAGAGCUCAAUCAAACCCAAAUCCACGUCCAACUCUGACAAACCCAAACCACUUCAGCAACCAAGCUCAGUCUCAAAUACAAGGUAAGAUUUGACAAGGUGAGGAAUGGGUUAUGAAGGGUUGAUUGAGGCUGGACCCCUAAAGCACUCUAGCUUUGUGAAGAGCAUUAUGUGUGAAGAUGGUGCCCUAUUUUUUAGUUUUGCAAAAACAGUCCAGAUUUUUUAAUAGAAAUUUACACUUUUAGAUAACCUGCCUUCAAGCAUUCAACAUAUCCUGUUACUUACCUGUUUGGCUAAGUGGAGCUAAAGUGGAGCUAAAUUCAAGAGGCAGCAACUGCCAAGAGCACCUUCCUUGCAAAUAUUUCUCAUUGAGCUGUAUUGUGAAGUCUGUGAUUGGACAGGCACAGAAAGUCUGGGUGGGGUUAGAAGAGGAGGGAUUGCAAAAGAAGCAGACAUGAGAACUGUAGGUUUUGCACGAGGUUUUUAGAUAUAAUCAAUGAAAAAUGCAUAAUUAAAUGCAUGCAAUUUUCCAAUUGGAGUAUAUGUACUAAACAGUGAUUUUUAUUUAUUUUGUAUUUGGGCAGUUGAGUGUCCCAUUAAUUGUGUAUGGUUAAUUAGGGGUUUGUUUUUUUAAAGGCAAAACAUUUUUUGUUAGCAUGUUUUUUUUUAAUCACAUUGAUGUUUUAGAUUAUUACCUGCCAAUACCCAAGCUUCUCAUACGUCUUAUUAUACAAAUUGGUUAGUGCACCAAUUCUUAAGAUCACAGUUUAGAUUUCUGAAAGAUCAGAGAACCAUCAGCCCAUUCCGAGUGGAAUUUAAUAAAUGAAUGACAUUCAGUAGAGAAAUAAUGUAAUAUUUAAACAUUCCAAAACACCAUUCAAAAAAUGUACUAACCAUAUUUGUGUAAAAAUCUGAGACCUCACAAACUGAUGAAUCAGACUACAGUUGUUUUCAGUACAGUCUAUAGAGUGCUCAGUGGAACCCACAAAAAUCAACCAACCAGAAACACACAGAAAUGAAUAUCUUCAUGCAGGGACAUUUCAAGAACGCUAAGCCACCUUGGCUAAACAUUGUUUAUUUUUAUUCUCUAUGGCAGCUGAAGUGUUAAACAGUGGUUUGAGAUUUCAAACAAGGUUUUUUUUUCCUAUUUCAUGGGAAAUGCCCCUAAGCCAUAGGUUUUUGGCAUGUAAUUAAAUAGAACAGUAAUGUGGUUUUUAUUGCAAAGCCAACAUUGUGAAGAGCCAAGCACGUGAAUGAGUGUGUUUGUGUGUGUAUACUUUGAAAAAUGUGUCCAUUGCUACUGCAGCAGCAGCAAACAAAAAUGUUUUAUUAAAUGCUUCCAUAAUGUACUUGAGCCCCACGGUGGGAGUAAAGCACUUAAAAAAAAUGGCAAUAUCUAGUUAUCAUAUUGUUACAAUGGAUCUCUGAGGACCAAUCCAUUAAGAUCAUAAUGUUCCCUUAAAUCGUGAGUAAGCAGGAUAGACACCCGAAGGGAAUUAUGUAUUUGAGUGUUAACAAGUGUUUAUUUACACCGGUGUGCUCAGGGUAUGUAGCAUAUAUGUGUGUUUGUGAAUUGAAUUGGAUUUAAGCAACAGGUAUACCUGCAGACAAUCUGUCAGUGGGUGUUAAAAGGGAAGUAGAUGCUGCCUGCCAUUACAUUAAGUUUGUAAAUAAAAAUAAAUCAGGUCCAGGAUAUCUGGAUUUCUCAAACAGCAACUUUAUUAGAACAAGAAAAGCUGCAACGUUUCGUCCUACGCAGAGGCCUUUGUCAAGCUAUCACCUUUGUGCAGCCAACCCUAUAUAUAGGAUUUAAACACAUUAACAAUCAAUUAACAAAUUACGUGUUAAAAAACAAAUUAGCAAACAGUUAUAUUGCAUUUACAUAUUACAAAAGAAUAUCACUUACAUAUUUCAAAUCCAUCAUACUCAAAUAAAAUAAAACAGUAAAAUGAUAAUAAAGAAAAAAGAAAACAGCGUACCUCCUCACGUCUCUAUGAAGUUGAGGUCAGCAAUUAGAAGUUUGGAUCCAGAACACCAUAAAAGGAAAAAGAGAGACUAAAGUCUGAUUACCAACUACUGGGGAAACAUCCAAGCUGCCAAUCUUGGGUGGAGUUAAUUACUGAGCCUACGGUGGGCAGGUUGCACAAAAUAUUAAUCCCCUGUGGGCUUAAGUAUUAAUGGCAGAACGAUUCACCAAACAUAGGCUAGGCUUCAUAUAUUGCUGAUAGAAGACAGCUUGGGACCCAAAACUUAUGCGAAAGCCACAUGGAUAAGAGGAGUGUCUGUGUAAAGCUGACAAAAGCCGGCAUACAACAGAACACCGCAGUGCAAACCCAGAACAAAGUGUCACAGCAAAAAAGCCACCACAACUCACAACAAAACAAAGAGAUGUAAGGGCUGAUAAUAACUGGCACCGGUAUAUAGUACAUUAAAUUUGUUGAUAAAAUCCUUUGCAACACUAGAUUGUUAAAUACAAAUUUAUUCAUUAUCACCAAACUUUAUCAAAUUAAAUCUGAAUGGCAAAAUUGAGGCUAAUGUAGCUGGCUUGGAGAAAUUACCAACUCAGCUGUAGUCACAAAUUGGCUAUUUUAGUCUUAAUAUUCAUAUUUAAUUUGCUAACAUUUUGUGCUUAAUGAUAAACCCAGGAAAAAAACCCUAUUAUGAAAAAACCCUAUAAUUUAUAAGGUCAGUGGGUUGUUUUUUGUUUUUUUUUUACUGAACCAUACGCUUUCAUUACAUCAUGAAAAUUCACUGUCUGCACAGUAAUGCUUCAUAGACUUUUAUAUAAAAUGACUCUGCUACCUUCUGCGGUAUUUGCAUAUUUUGGAUUGGUUGUGGUGGCUUGGGGGUGCAAUGGAGGUGAGUUAUACUUACCUGAUGCUAUCCCCAGCCUCAGACUUGGAUUUUCAGCUCCUGGCGCUUCAUCAACCUGGAGACCAUUUCAGUCCUGUACUCUAGCACAUGUACAAUACUGAUGUCUAUGGAGGAUCCUGCGAGUCCACAGGAGCCUCCAUAGAUAUUCUCUCGGAAUGAGCAAGACAAUGCCUUAAUGAGGAAAGUGAUGAAACAACAUAGUGGUUGUCAUGUCAAAGUAGUAUUUUAUUGUGCAACAUUUGUGUCUGAUGACAACACACACUGCAUACUAACCCUUGAACAAGUAACAUGAAAUGCUGUUUGAUUCUGUCCUCUGCCUUUCCUCAAUAGGAAUUUUUGUCCUAUUAAUUGUGUAAUUUGUCUGCCCCUUUUGGACUGCAACUGCUAUCCUCCUCAUUGAGAUUCUGGCUUAGGAUGGUGGGUGCUAGAACAUUAAUUAACUAAUGUAAUACGAUAGAGAGGCAAACACUUAAAUAUAGCUUAUACGAAAUAUAACUGCAAUUAACCUCAUUCAUUGAUAGGCUGGGCCUUGUUAGAGUUUUAGUCGACAAUAGUCUUAUAGUAAAUCACCAUUUUAAUUAAUACUUAAACAGCCCUUGAACUAAAAUACACCCAAAACUAUGUAUUCUUUUAUACAAAUCCAUAUAUAAAAAAAAUAAAAAAAACACCAGUCUCUAACAACGAAGUAAGUGCCAGGCUAAAAGAUGGUGGAUCUUCAUUAGCUACAGAGGCCAGUUUCUAAAAAACAAAACAAACAAAAAAACAGUACCUAAAAAGGCUUACAAAAAUUUUUAUUAUUUUUUGCAAUUAAUAAUUAUAAUUAUAUAACAUAAAAGAUGUUUUUUGGAUAUAGUGACUUUUUUAAUAGGGCGUUGUAAUGAAGCAUCUGUGACAAAGAGAGGUGCAAAAACCAGUGGGUGUUGGUCAAGAUUCCCACAUUUACAAACACAUGCACUUUAUUUAUAUGUGUAUGUGUAUUUUAGUCUAUUAACAAAUGAGAUGGCCAUUUGCAGAUUGGGAUGUCCUUGUAGGCCAAAAUAUCAGAGUCUGAAUCCUUUAGAACUCAGUAAUUUUGGUCUACAUUUACUGUUUGGUUGUCAAUUCAACUACAAAUAGUGAAAUUUAUGAUGUAGAAAAUAAAUCCUAUGAACAGGUAGCAGAUAAACUGCAAGAAAUACAUGAGGUAAGCAUCUUCAGUUUAUAUGCUGUUCUAUGUUCUUUUACCACUACUCAAAGGCCACCAACAAUAUAGCAUUUAGGAACCAUCCACAUAAAUCUAAUUGGGAAUCACAAAUCUAUUACCAUAAAUCUCAGGAAGAGAGGUUUUCUACAACUUUCUGCCUGCAUGUUAGUUUAUAUAAAUAUUCUAAUCUAAUUUACAUAUAUACAUAUAACAUUAUUACAUUUAUAUAUAUCUACAAGGAUUGGCAGAAUUUGGUUACUGUCUCUUCCCUCACUUUAUGUGUAUGGGUUAUUAAAACAAAAGCAGUGGGCCCUUAAAAGGUGAAAAUGACUUAGGGCAGACUGGGUGAGGAAGAGAUUGAUCGUUGCACCGAUAACACAAUAAUUGUAUGGGAGAUGAGUACCCAUAUUUAUAGGGUGUCCCAGGAACUCCAGUUAUUAUUAUCAUUAUUAUUAUAAUUCACAUUUUUGCAUUAUGCCCUGUAACAUUUCUUGUGGGCAGUGAACAUGUGGAUCUAUAUGACCCCAAUACUGGGAGACGUAAGCCUUUUUCAGUUUGGUACAGUUUAGCAUUUUGUUUCUACUGAUUGGCAUAUUGUGACACAUAAAUGUCUACAUUACCAAAAAGUCCCUGGAACUAAGAAUAUCAUGGAAUAAACCGAUCCUUCUGAAAAAAUACUUAAAUACUUAAGUGUGUUUCAUUGGCAGCUAUGUGAUCAUGAUCUUUUGGCCCCCAAAUGUUUCAGAUGUAUUUACAUAAGUAGGGCUUCUUGUGGCGAAAUGAAAGCCCUAUGCUAUAAGUAUAAAGGAUGGCUGAACAAUAUACAGUCUCUGUACAGUAAUUGUGUCUGACAUCUAGUAGCAAACUAAGAGUUUCCAGUUCCCCACAAGAAUCUAACCAGAAGAGAUACAAUGCAUGCCGUUAUUUUAGCACUGAUAUCUGGUGUCAGCAAAAACUGGAAAUUUCCAGUGUCCUAAAUAUAAGUUUGUGGCAAAAAAAAUAGAUAUCUGAUUUAACUGUUUUUUUUAACAGGAUAGACAUUACCGAGUGUUUACUCAAUAAACACAAGUUAAAAUAUAGAAAAUAUCCAAAUCAUGGUGAGUUGCAAGUACUGUGGUUUUACUUGUGCUCCUUUAAGUGUCAAUGCAGCCUUGUGGCUUAUUGUGGGUCAUCACUUGCUUAGAGCAGUGAAUAUGUUAAUCAAUUCAACUCAUUUUGCCAUUCAGCAAAGCAUUCUGGGACCACAACAAGGCCAGACAAGCCUUUGGUUCGAAUCCAGCUGAAUAGAGGAACAGAAAUUCUGUAAUAUUUCUUUUCCUCUGGAGGUUUGGAAGGGUACAGAAAAUAAACAUCGUGUUACAAUAACAGUCUGCUGGCAUUUCACAUUAUUACGAUAUUUAACCCCUCAUACUCUGGCCACCUGUGCUAAGCUUAAUCUCUUAAUGUAUUUUAAAAAUUAAGCUAUUAGCUAGUAAAUGUGUUUUAUUGAAUUGUAGAGACAGCAACCCACUGGCAAAUAUUUAUUUCUCAAUAAUACAAUUAUAAUAAUAGUGCUAUAGUAGAUAUAGCAGAAUUUUAUUUUAUAUAAAUAGAAUUUAUAUGAUUAAGAGCUAUCAAUUUAUAAAUUGACAUAAACUGACAGGAAAACUGUCCAUCUCAAAAUCCCACUCUAUAAUAUUAAUUCAUAGAUUAAAGUAAUUGUUUUUAGGAAUGAGAAGACAUAAAUCUUUAUGUUGGAAUAUUGUAAAUACUGCAUUAAUCUAUUUUCGUAAAGAGAGAGGCAAGUAAAGAAUUACUCAAACAAAAUUUUUAGGGUUUUUGAGAGAGAAAAGGAGCAUUAAAUAUGUAUCCAAAGACAAUCUUUCAGUGUGCUACGUAAGCCAUUCCAUAACCCAUGUCAUUCAUGCUUUUUUUUCAAAGCUUUUAGUGGUUAAGAGAAUUAAUGUGACUACUUUUUGGUGUCCAGAGAUGAUGGCACGUUAAUCUGCCCCUGAAAAUUGUAUUAAACCGCAUAAGGAACUUUUAAACGAUGAUAUAACCCUAUCGUAACAUAUCCUUUUAUAUGCUAUGUUCUUUAUGAAGAUAUUCAUAAAUCAAUGUAUUUGUGUAAGAUUGUUGUACAUGUUUUUAAACACGACAGAUGUAACACAGUAAUUCACAUCCCCACCGUGCUCUACUUACUCUUCAAACGCUUUCUCUUUUUUUGCAAACAUAUAUUCUUGCUCUAAAGUUUGCUCACAACACUUUCUGUUUGUAAGGAGCAUGCCUGUCGUAUUCCUGUUUUCUUCUAUGUUUCAGCUACAAAGUUUUUUUACAGCUGUACUAUUAAAAAAUGAUCUUCUACUUACUAGAAUAAAACAAUUCUUGAUAUAUUUGUGUUGCUUUUGGAAGAAGAACUUGAUAAAAAUUAAAAUAUAAAACAAAAUAAACAAUUAUGGAAAUAAAUGUUCACAUAUCAUGUUAGAUAUGGAAUAAAGUACAUGUUUCUGUGAUCUAAAAAACAGCAACCAUGCAGAUUAAAGGACCACUCUAGGCACCCAGACCACUUCAGCUUAAUGUGGUCUGGGUGCCAGGUCCCUCCAGGAUUAACUGCUAUGUUUAUAAAUGGGUUAAACUAGCCUCCAAAUCCUCUAGUGGCUGUCUCAUUGUAAAUGCUUUCCUAUGAGACCGGCUGAAUGAGCGCGCAGCUCCUGCCACGCAUGCGCAUUCAGUCGAAGAGGAGGAUCGGAGGCGGAGAGCUUCCCGCCCGGCGCUGGAAAAAAGGUAAGUUUAACCCCUUUCCUCGCCAUCCAGCCCGGCGGGAGUGGGACCCUGAGGGUGGGGGCACCCUCAGGGCACUAUAGUGCCAGGAAAACUAGUAUGUUUUCCUGGCACUAUAGUGGUCCUUUAAUAUGCUCCAGAUGAAAUUAUGUUUAUGUAUUAGUUGUAUCUAUAGUGAGCAGAAUUAAAUAGUCUUUGAUGAGGGAUUAUUUUGAUAAAAAACUUCCAAUCAAUUCAGCAUUAAAUAAAACCUGAACCUUUCAAUAAAGUCAAAUGUUCACGUUUUAUUAUUGCCUAGUAAGAUUAUAUUUUAACAUAAAUAUUAUAUUUGGUUUGUGGCAGUUUUCUAUAAGCAUAUCUCUGUUGCUCUGCUGUACCUAGUACCCAACUAUAUGUUUCCACAAAUUGCUAAAUUCUCUAAAUCAUCCCAUUGAUAUAUCAUCCAAAUUGGUCUCUGUAUCUGCACCUAAAAUGAGCCUUGAUUUAAUAAGCUUUCCAAAUUAUAAUUUUUUUUUAUUAUUAUUGAUUAUUUUAUAUUAUUUCCAAAUUAUUCAAUACCAUUAGAAAACCUUUCCAAAUGAUUUAUCUAUGCAAAUUCCAAUAGUCUUUAAUGUUGACUUCUGUAGAUAAAUAAUUUGUAAGGGUUUUCUAACAGUUUUGAAUAAUCUGGACACCUUGUUAAAUACAGGCUAUAGUGGACAAUGUAGGCAUGCUGUGUGUGUGUAUGUGUAAACUACUCCCUUAUUACCUUAGAUCAGGGGUGCCCAAAAUGUAGAUCUCCUGAUGUAAUAGAACUAAAACUCCCAUGAUGCUUUGCAUACCCUUAGAAUAACAAAGCAUCAUGGAAGCUCUAGUUUUAAGACAUUUGGAGAUGUACUUUUUGGGCUCCUCUGCAUUAGAUAUUAAGAUUGGUAGCAUAUAAAUAAAACAUACAAAUAAGCAGAAUAAUAAUUAAAGAUUUUUUUUAUUUUUUCUGUGUCAAAACAAUUACCUCUUAUUAGUUGUCACAGUAAUAGGUAUGAUUGGAAUUUUCAGAAACGUGAUAUUACUGUUAUAUCACAAAUACUGCUACAGUGAAAGAAAAAGGAGGAUAGCACGCAGACUGCCCAUUUUACCUAUAAUAUGUCAAAACCAGCUGAUACAUUGGAAUUGUGCGGGUUUUUUUUAGUUGUACGUGAUAAGUCUACCUUUCCGCUUGACCUGACAACCGCAUACAGACAUGCAAAUAAUUUUUUUAAAUCUUUUCCCUUCUGCUGGGAGGCAGUGAAAUGAAUCCACCACAUCUACAUUAAAAAUACAGAUUCCCCACACAUACGAUAUUUCCCCUUAUAUCCCUCUUCUACAUGUUGUUUGUAGCUCAGUCUUCCCCAGCUCCUUUCUUCUAAUUGUUGAAUCCCCAAUUAAUUAAAAUUAUUCUAUCAUUAUAUCAUCUCAUCCUUGCAUGAUGAUUAUUCUGUGUGAACCUAAGUUAAAGAGACGGUUAACUUACUUAAGCCUUUAUAAGUAUACACCUAAAAUAAUAGAUCAAGGUAGUGAGCAUUAACAAAUGUGUAAGCCAGGUACAUGGACAGCAGCAUUGACCUCUACAUGGCUCUUAAUUUAUAUACACAUUGCGAUUUACCUCGUUCCCAACCCAAAACAUUGAUAUUUCCGUAGAUAGAUCAGGUCAGAUUUGGAAGCCCGUGGUCCCUGUGCUGGGGCUCACAAUGGCUAAAUUCUUAUGGCUAAAUGGGCUCAUUCACUUGAUGCAGCAGCUGGUGUGAUUUUGAGAAGAAAAUAAACAUUUCCUUGAAAUAUUUUGAUUGGCAAAGUUGAGGCGGUGCAAUACAGCACUCCUUCCAGCAGGCUAUACUGUGCAGGGGAAUGCAAGACUGGCUGAGGUACCUUGCUGCAUAUUGUAUGUAUGUUAUAUUAAUAGACGGUGUGCAGUAUAUGUGUAGGGGAUGUAUAUGUAUCUGUCUAUGUAUAAAUAGAAGGAAUUGGAUUUUUUGGAAUGGUUUUUAUUUUUCAUCUAGUCUGUGAUCAGUUUAACAGCUGGAUUAAGACAUUGUUCACUAAACAGUGAUGGGGCUUAUUUAGUAAAGUGAGAAAGGCACGGUAAUUCCAAUGGAACAAACAUUUUAUGCCACAGCAGCUGAAUUAAAAAAGUAUCAAUAUAUAUAGCAAAUAGAAGCCUUGAUCUAAUAUUAUUGGUCUCAUUUUUUAUUCUUUAUUUUGAUUGUGCAUAGAUGGCACAGACAGGCUUGCAAUGCCACAAUAGCUAGUGCAAGCUAUUUGAUCAGCAUAGAUUAACAAGUAUAUGGCAUUUGAUAUCUCUGCACAUGUUGUGAGGUGAAGAAAAAAACAAAAAACUAGUUGCUUAUUACAUGAGUAGUGUACUUUUGGUUAAGAAUAAGGAAUAGGAAAAAAGUUAGACAGUGUAGCAUGAGAAAGAUAUUCAGAUAAUUGACAUAAAACAGAGGGAUACAUGCAUGACUAGUAUAAAUCCCUGGGCCCUGUAAAAAACUAAGCCAGUCAGAGUGUAAGAAGUCACAAGAAUGAUUACGAGUUAGCCCACUGGGAGGCAACCACAGUUCCCACAACUGAAUCCCAGCCGGCUGCAGGAUGCAGUCCUAAUACUCAGCUGUAGGCCAGCCAGGCCAUGUCAGACAGCCAUAACUCAGUUCAGUACCUCAGGGUGGGGCGAUGAGGGACCACAACACAGCUUUGAGGGUUAUGCAGCCUUAGGGUCUCAGAUGCUCCCUGCCAUGGGACCUCGGUGUCAAUUAUUAGUGCCCCUGUAUAAGCUCAGGUAACGGUUUCCAGCUUUGUCGGCAGAGGGCGCAAGAGCCCUGUGUGAGGCCACUCUCUCCAUGGAGUGCCUGGAUUGCAGAGCAGACUUCGCCACCAUCUUAGUAGGUAAGGGAGUCCUCCGACGAUGUCAGGCACUGAUAGGGGGACCCCAGGGUGGACUGGGAUUACCCUCCCCCCCCCAGCCCAGAGGGGGGGGAGCAGGGCUGGCACUUAGUAAAUCAAAGGGUAUGGCCCAUGGCUGACAGGCAGGAUAGCAGGGCAGCAGCCGUCCACCAUACUCACUGCCUGAUCAGGCCUUGGUCACUGGAACCUUUGCCACAAGGGGACAAAGCGCAGGUUUCGGGCUCAAAGUCAGGACCAGCACCUCCCACUGAUGUGUGCCAUCACUCCUCAGCCCCUGAUGCCGGACUGGACCGCUUAAAUGGGUCAAAAGGCUGAUAGAUUGAAGGAGCUGGUCUUACAUGCUACCAACCAGCAUGGUGGCCCGCCCUCGCCCCUGUUUCUCAAUUUAUUAAACGUUCCAAAUGAUUCAAUACUGUUAGAAAAAUGUAUUUAUCUACAGAAGUCACCUUUAAAAUCUGUGGAAAUUUUCGUAGAUGAAUCAUUUGGAAGUUUUUCUAAAUCUAUUGAAUCACCCGGAAAGCUUAUUAAAUCGAGGCCAAAGUUGGAUAAGCUUUUUAACUUAUUUAAUAUUUUUGUAUAAACUUUUAAAAUAAUUUCAUCUUACAACAAUAUUUUAAUUUUGUAUUAUUUUUUUUUUUUUUUUAAAUUCUUUAUUUUUGUAGUGCAGAUGAGAACAUACAGCUUGUCAUGCCCCAAUAGCAUUAAACAAGAGAGUAAGGGUACAUAGCUUACAUGUUAUAAGGCAGUGAGUUUAACAUGCACUAGAUUUUUAAGAAGGUAUAAUAACAGGUUUAUAAAAGGAAACAUGCUAGGUUAGGUAAUAUAUGCAAGGAGCAUAAAAUAAUACUACGUUGUGUUAGUUAUAAACAGGCUAGGCUCACAAGAAUAGUAGUAGUCAUAUCGGUUGCUAAACAAGAGUGCACCACCCAGGCAUAUAACAAGUAGGAGAAGUUAGGAACUAAUGUGUCAGUUAAGAGUAGAGUAACAUGCUGUGGAUAUUUGUUAAUAUAUGUAAGUGAAUUGGGUGGUUAGGAGACAUAUCUAUUAGGCAUUACAGAUGAUGUGUUAAUCCGGCAUGAUUCAGGCUAGCGGUCAGGCUAUAGCUUUAAGAUUUGAAUCUGUGGUAAGUCACAUGUAAUCUGAGCAUUUACUGAGCAAUUACUAGUAUUAUCUAGCAUGAAAGCAAGAGAGUCACAAGUACUUAAUAAUGUGUCUGACUACCGGCUGUAUGAUUAGGCUAUCUGCCUUCAGAUUUUCAGUGUCAGAACUUGUCCCCUACACAAUCCUCAUUACUCAGCCGAUGCCAGCUCUGGAGGCUUGACAGGUGCUCUGGGAGGAAGAACUUCUCAGCAGGUAUCUGUCUCCAAUGAGCCGUGAGGGUGUUCUCCGCCCAUGUCUCGGUGUUGGGUCUAGCUGUGCAUGCAAGUGAAGGGCACUCUGCAGGAUGACCGCGGUAGGACCUGCUUCUCAGGCCCGCCAUGUGCUCCUCGGUGCUGUCCCGGUACUGUGCUUGAGGGGGUGGAGGCUCUUCUUGGAGCUAGCGUUGAUCAAGGACCGUGAGGUGUGUUUGGAUAGGGCUAGCUUGUACUUGCGUGAGAAGGUGAGCACAUCAGGGUGCAUCAGCAUGAGCUUGCUUGCUGACGGGUAGAGACGUUUUCAGUGGCGCCAUUUUCGUGCUUGCUUCCCUUUGUAGGAUGUGCCUUGGAGGCGGGAGCGUGUGGGCUGCGGUGGCAGUGCAUCCUCAUCUGGAGUGUGUGUCAUGGCUUGGUGUUCAAGUUUCCUCCAGAAGGCUGCAAAUAUGGCAUUUAGCCGUGCGAGAGUGUCAGGCCCCUUUACUAUGUCAGGUGUUCCAGUGGCUUUCACCGCCAUUUUGGGGUUGGCGAGCUCCGUUUUAGGAUGCUGUACUGCAACCUGGGAGGGCUCUCAUGGGACCGGGAAACCCCCACCGGUCUAUAGGGGGUGGGGAACAAAGGCUGGACCCGAUUUCAGCUGUAGCGGGCUGCGAGGGAGUGGCCGCCUCCCCCACGCCGCCCAUGCUUAUAGGCUGCAGGUGUCGCUCCAUUAAGUCUCGCCAGAUAGGUUGCUUAUUUGGUGUCUGCAUGUGCCCCACAGUUUCACCUCUCCGUUAGUGACACUUUUGAGUCGGUUGAGCGCGGUUCGUGGCUGAUAUACCGCAAUUUCGUCUAUCAGAGUAGGAGUAGCUCUACCCUGUGUCCGCUCAGCUCAGCGGUCAGGCCCCGCCCCUCAUUUUUAAUAUUUAAUAUGUAUUUUUAUAUAUAUGUUUUUGAUAUAUUAAUAUUUUGGAAAUAUAUCAUUUUAAAUAUUUAUCCAAAAAUAUUAAAUAAUUUGAAAGGCUUAUAUGAAAAUAUUAAAUUGAGAUCAGGGUUGCAUACUUUUUCCAAUUCUGCUAAAUGUUCUUUUACUUUGUCAAAUCUCUCCAAUGCCUGGUAUAGUGAAUAAGUCCCUGAAUUAUGAUGGGCUGACAAGCAUCUUGCAAAGGGUAGUGCAAUAUGGCAGGUGAAAACUGUGAAUGCCUAAUAAAUAUCUAUGAUGGAUCUAUAACGUCUGGUGGGAAUUUUACUUGUCUAAUAGACAGUUACAACAAGCUGUGUUUCUUUCAAGCAAGUUUAUGUGUGUAUGCACCUGUUUAAGUUCCAUGACUUAAAUCCUGUCAAACGUAUUUAAAUCCUACAUCUUGCUGAGGUGAGCACCAUAGUGAUGGGUAAUGAUAAUAUCUAUUUCCUCAAUAGGCUACAACAGGAUGUUUAUAUUAAAACAUGUAAUAUAUAAAAAAGGUGCUUUUUUUUAAAUCUACAGCUUUUUGUUUAUCAUAUGGGUUUAAAUACAAAAUAAGAAGGCCACAUUUAGGGAUGGAUUUUUACCCCUGGUAGCUCUCCUUACAAAUAGGGAGAAAAUAUUAUGCUUGACCAUUAUCACCAUGAAACAAUCCUGCCUAUUUCUCACUAUGUAAACAUUUAUUGCAGUGUGGCAACAUUAAUUAGGCAGAUUAUCUGAAUUGUACUGGGUAAAACACCAAGGGAUCAAGUUCCCCCAUUUGUCUCACCCUGAGGUCUUUGAUGUCAACUUAAUUAAUGUCAUCAAGCUAUUAAAAUAACAAGUGAUUUGCUUAGUCCCAAGCAUGAAGGAGCUUAUGGGGUCCAGUGCGGUACAUGUGUAUGAUUGGAAUGUUAACACAUAUUUGUGAGUUUUUUUGUUUUUCUUUCUAUUUAAAACAUAGAUUGAACAUAUUAAUUUGUAGGGAAAUGUAAAAAAAAAAAUGUACCUGUUGAUAAUUCAUUAAUAACUUCCUCUUUUUAAUUUCAGCAACUGAUCUUUUCUCUGAUCCAAGACAAUUUGAUCGUUCAUUUCCUACUCUUCCAUCGCUUACAGAGUCCAGAUUUCAAGAUGCUCGCAUGCAUUAUCAAGGAGCUAUGUCCUCUGCCUUUUCCUACACAGCAUCACCUUCAACAACUGGAAUUGGAGGCAUUAGCAUGACUGGCAUGCCAACCGCUACUCGGUUCCAUCACACCUACCUUCCACCCCCUUACCCUGGCUCUUCUCAAAACCAAAGUGGACCAUUCCAGACAAACGCAUCUCCAUAUCAUUUAUACUACGGCACAUCAUCGGGUUCUUACCAAUUCUCUAUGGUAGCAGGAGAGCGCUCUCCAUCAAGAAUACUCUCCUCUUGUACCAGCAUAUCAGCUGGGAAUAAUUUAAUGAACCACAACUUGGCCAACCAAAGUGAUGGAGUUGAUGCUGAUGGUAGCCAUAGUAAUUCCCCUACAACCAUGACCACAAGUGGUAGAAUGGAUGAGUCUGUCUGGAGGCCUUACUAAAACAUUUUUGUGAACAUUCUAAGGCUACAAAAAAUAGUCAUUCUGCAACAGGCUUCUCCACUGAUGAGUCUCUACUAAUGGACAUUUUAUGUAUUAUAAGGGACUGACCAGAGAAUGGUUUAUUGAGCAAAGACUUGAAUAAAGCAGUGCUUCUAAUGAAUGUUUGAGAACAUUACUUCAGUAUGGUUAGUCCAUGCUUUUAUUUCUUUCCUAUGUAUGCAUUACCAUCUCACUGUGAACAUUGCAUUACAUUAGGGCAGAAAUUUAAGAAUCGAGUGUUGCAUAACUCACAAUAUGUGAUUGAAUAGAAAAUGUAACCACAUGUAUAUUUCUUGUAUAUAUGCUAAUGAGUCUUUUGUUUACAGCUAAAUAGUAUGCAACAGUAAGCUAGAUGCGCUCAGAAACCAAAUGAUUUAUCAGUAUUAGUGGACCCCAGUACAGGUAGGAUUACACUGUUAUUUCCAGGGGCCCUAAAAUUGCACAGUAUAUCUCAAUGGCAGCUCUGUAUAUAUUAGCUGGAUUGAACCUUGCGUUUUGCUGCAUAAUGCAUUAUCGGAAUAUUAGAUCUUGUUUUUAUUGAUGAAGUUGAGCACUCAAAGACAGGUACAAGGGAACUGCAGGAAAUCUAUAACUGUUACAUGUGUUAAACUGCAGCCCAUGUGAUUUGAAUAUUUAAUUUAUAAUUUUGUUGCUUUUUCAGAAAGUGUAGGUGACCCAAACUGAGUAAAGAAUAUAUUUUUUCUGUAUAUUUAUUUUUUUAAUAUUUCUGUGUAGACUCCUGGUGAUAAUGAACUAUACCCCCUUCUCCACCCCUUACUCCUUCAACAGUUGCAAGCAUUCAGAAUAUCAUUAUAUGCAGAAUACAUGUAACAUACUUUUUUCACAGAACAGGGAAUUGUGAUGAAUUGAUCGAACUAAUGAAAGAAUUAAAAUAUUAAGGACAGCAUUACAAAGCUGGAAAAUCCUACAAAUCAACCACUUUUUAAAUUUGGUCUAAGUUUUACAAUUCUCCUGUCAGUUCACCGCAAUCCCCUGCUUAAUAAAUAAACCCCUCAGUCACUAUAGCAGAUCCAGCUUUGUCAUAUAGCUAAUUAUGCCCAUGAGGUCUAUAGCAUUUGCUCCAUAUGCUCUACAAUGUGUGCAGGUUCAGAUAUUUGUUCUGUUGCACUAAUUCCAAAUAAGUUCCAUUUUGUGUAUAUACAAGUAUUUUUUUUUUAGAACCCUAUCAUGAAAAUUUUAAUUUUAGAACAAUAGACAAUGGAAAAUUCACUCAUUGUUUUUUGGGUAAUUGGUCACAUUUUGUAUAGAUUAUAUGCAUCAUAUCUGGCAAGGUAAAACCUUGCUGUUUUGGAAAAUGAUGUUCCGUCCAUCUACACAGAUAUUCAGUUAAUAAUUCUCCAAUUCUCACAUAACAAAAUGGUAUGCCUACAGUGAACGUGGGUUCAAAUGGGGCAAUAAAAGAAGAAAUUCACCAGUUACGAUUCUGUCCUGAGUUCCAAGAUGUGACUCAGCAUUCCCUAUAACCCCAUUAUUUUCUUGUCGAUCUAGAGUCUGCUAGAGUAGUCUCAAAUUAGUGGCUGUGUCUAUUAGUGGUGAUAUUGCAGGCAUAGGACAUCUUAGUAAGUGGUCUGGGUGCAGUGGUCCUCUCAAUUUAGCCAUUCAAGGGAAAACAUUGCCAUUUUGCAGACAUAGAAAUAUUUACAUUGCAGGGUUAAACUCACCUCCAGUGGCUGUCAAUGUUCAACUAGCUAGUAAAAAUUGAUCACAAGGCAUUGCAGCACCUACAGGAAAGCAUUGAUUUAAUUAUUUUAUUUAAGUAAAAAGCUUUUUUGUGGAAUACAUGGGGAGUACCUAUAUAACUAGGAUCAGGAACACUGAAGCAUAAGGAAUACAGGUUUGUAUUUCUAACGCUUUCGCGUUCCUUUUAAGUACUCCUAAUGCAGUGACAUGCAGUGGAACAAGGAAGAGAUAUCUACAAAUUCUGGCACAGAUAUCCUGUUUCCCUACUUGAGCCGACAGCAUUGAACCAGAGAUGUAUAAAAUGUGUUAUAUAAGAGAAAGGAAUUACCUGCACCCGCUGAGCGGAAAAUUAGAUAUACAGUAUGUAUUUUAUUUUGGUAAUGAAAAUGGGAAUAAUCAUAGAAUACGAGCAUGUUGGCAAUGCAUAUUUUUUCCAGAAGUACUGAGUCUGGCCACGUACUGUCAACCUGCAUUGCCUUGAUUCUUGUCUCUGUAUUUUCUAGUCACAUACCUAAUAUAUGAAGCCAGAGUAUUCCUUAAUGUUUCUAACAUGUUAUCUCAUGCCAUGCCUACUGGAAGGUUGAUUAAUGCAUCCAUCUACCUUGCUAUAGACAUUCACAUACGCUCAUAGCCAUGGAAUUAAUAGCCUGUAAAAUCUAAAGCAUGGGUCUCUAAUUAUAGGUAUCUUGUUUCUUUGAAAAAAGAACAUGUAUACACUGGGUUUUAAUGAAUAGAUUCCCUAUAUUGCAGUGUGAUGUGAAUUCUAGAAUCAGUCUUUUUUCACCAAUAUAGAAAUUCAGAAUUCCUAAAUAAGUUAAUGAGAAAGAUAAUUUGUGAGAAAACAAAAAUAUAAAAAUAUUUUAAAAAAUCAACCACAUUUUUGUGUUAACAAUUCAAAAUCACAUUUUCUAUUAUGGACACAUAUGGGGCAGGAAUAAAAAUUAUGCCUUUUAAAGGUAUUUUUGGAUUUCUACUAAAAUUGGGAGACCUAUUCUUUCCAAGACCAGGAAAAUUCAAAAAUUGGAACAUGACCCCAAUAUAUUGUUGAAUUUUUAGGAGACUGUUCUGCACAUUCUUGUCUCACAUCCACUGUAAUUAAUUUAUUUAAUUUACUUGCUAAAAUUUCUCAGGACUUUUUGCAUUUAAUAAAAUGGAAAUUUAUAUAUUGAAGAUAUUAACGUUCCCAUGACCCAGAAACGGGAGUCGUUAAUACAUAAAUGACAACUUCAAAGAUUAGUUUGUUUUCUUGUAGGCACAAUUUUGAUUCCUCUAAUGUUUAGUAUUACUAAUAGGCAAGACUUUGGAUUGUCAAAACACUGUAUAUAUCAUAAUAUUCCUUCACCUUCACUGAAAUAAAAUCAUGUUCAUGCCUUAAUAAAUGUAUGGUACCAACAAUCUCAAUGUAAUAUAUUGCAGUGUUAUGUUUAGAAGUCAGCCUAAAGAAAUUCUUGUAUUUUAAAAAAAAUAUAUUAAAUAUUUGCUUUGCACUAUUUCUGCUUACUUUAAAUAUGCAUUGUAUUUGUAAGGAAUUAAGAGGUUGACUAUUUUAAUUUAUGUAUUAAUGCAUUAAAUAAUAUUUUUGAAAGAUUUUAAAUACAAUUAUGAAAGAAAAGCCAUAACAUGUUAAAUGCAGAGCCAAUUGUAUUCUUUGAAUCAGUGGCACCAAUUUAAUGAAGGUACUAUGACUGCAAAAAAAUAAAAUAAAAUAAAGAUGUUUUGCAAAACAUGUUACAAAUCAUUUGAAGUAAU